CGUAGGCCACUGAACGUCGUUUAAGCGACAAAGCGUCGUUAAUGGAUAUGUAAAUGCAAGAAGAGCGCAGAGUCACGUCGUUUAGAGAAAGCAGGAUUCUCCAUUUCAGUUUACACCAGAAUGGACUCUAACAGACUCUGACCUCAAAAGUACUCAGUGAUUCAUUUGCUCCAUUUUCCGAUUUUCCAUGUCGUUCGCGUCAUCAUUCUCGAUGCUCCGGCACCGCGCGGCGGCUUCCGCGGCGCCUCUCCUCCUCCUCCGCCGCUUCCGCUGCCUCCGAAUCGCCGCCAGACACCAACAACAAAACCCUAACAAACAAGCCCCCCCAAGCCGCAACCUCCUGAAGGCGAAACAGACACUGAAGGAAUUUUCCUCUCUUGCCCCUGUCCUCUCCCUCGAAGCCAGCCCCCCUCUCACCGAAUCCCAGGCCAUCGGCGUGGUGGCGGCGUCGCAGGCCAACUUCAUGCGCGUCAUCGUCCCCGAAAACGACGAGCCUUCUGGAAGCUUCCGCGGGGUUGAGAUACUUUGCGUGGUGAGGGCGCUGCUGAAGAAGAUUAAGCGGAGGGUGAUGGUUGGGGACAAGGUUCUUGUGGGGUCCAUCGAUUGGGUGGACCGCAGGGGCAUGAUCGAGAAUGUCUUCCACCGAACCUCCGAGAUUCUCGACCCUCCCGUUGCCAACGUCGACCAACUUCUCGUACUUUUCUCGCUCGAACAGCCCAAGCCUGAAGCCUUCACCCUAACGCGCUUUCUGGUGGAAGCUGAAUCCACUGGAAUCCCUCUUACGCUCGCACUCAACAAGACCGAGCUUGUGGAUAAUGAAAUCAUUAGUUCGUGGAAGGCUAGGUUGCGCAGCUGGGGGUAUGAGCCGGUUUUUUGCAGUGUUGAAUCUGGACAUGGACUUGAUCUUCUUGGUUUCAAGUUGAGGGAUCAAACAACGGUGAUUGUGGGGCCUAGUGGAGUUGGGAAGUCUAGUUUGAUCAAUGCCCUUAGAAGCAAUCCUUCCAAUGCUGCAGAAGGGGAGAAUUGGUUUGAGCCUGUUCUGGGAAGCAAGUGGCUUGAGGAUCAGCGAGUUGGGGAGGUUUCAACAAGAAGCGGUAGAGGGAAGCAUACUACUCGCCAUGUCUCUCUGCUUCCAUUGUCUGAAGGGGGUUUUCUUGCUGAUACUCCUGGAUUUAACCAGCCUAGUUUAUUGAAAGUGACAAAGCAGUCUCUUGCACAGACUUUUCCUGAAAUCAGGAAAAUGCUUAGUGCCAGUGAGAUUGAGAAAUGCUCGUUUAACAAUUGCUUGCAUCUGGGUGAACCUGGGUGCAUUGUGAAGGGAGAUUGGGAAAGAUAUUCCUACUAUUUCCAACUUCUUGAUGAAAUCAGAAUCAGGGAGGAGUUCCAGCUCAGGACGUUUGGAACUAAAAGAGAAGGGGAUGUAAGGUUGAAAAUGGGAGACAUGGGUGUUCAGCAAGCAGAACCACGUUUGGAACCUAAGAAGCAUAGAAGACAAUCUCGGAAGAGGAUUAACCAGUCAAUUUUAGAUGAAUUGGAUGAUGAUGACGACAAUUUGCUUGAUGAGGAGAAUGAUCCCAUUUUAAGGGCGCUAAGGAAUGAAAACUCUUAGAAUUUCGUUAAUCCCCAGAGUACUCAUUGUAAAUAGUUCCUUUCCGCGCUUUCGCUUGUAUCUCGGAGUCAGCUAGUUCCUAUUACUGAAGUUCAUUAUGUUUUGUUUGACCCAAGUCUGUGUCAGGUAGGCUCAAUCGUGUAUAGUCUGUACAAAUUUUCACCGAUGGACACACUGUGGAAUUCUGAUGACUGAUAGGUUGAUCCAUGCUUAUUGCCUACGAUUGAAUUACGAGCAUCAUUCACACUUUUUGUGAGAUGAUCAUUUUCGGUUAGAACUGAUAGCUUCCGACAUCAGGGACUUGUAAGGGGGGAUUUACAACCACAACUAACAAUUGAAGAUACACUGGACAUUCGUUGUUAUGAUAAAUUGAGACACGGGAAGUAAUUAGUC